GUUUCAAGCCAAUUGCACUUUAGCGGGCUGCGCUUCGGAGCUGGGAACGCCUGGUUGUCCCUCGGGGCGCUGGGAGCCCCUGCUCGAGCCACACGGAAACCCCGUGUUAUGGUUGUGUGUCAGUUUCGCUGGCUGCCGCGGUCGAUGCCGGUGAGGAGGGGGUUGGGCGCCACUGCAAAUGUUGAGGACCUGAGCUAGAAUCACAGCCUUGUAACACACAGAGCUGUACCUACCCCAAAUAAAUAUCGACUGUAAUUAUUGUAAAACAACAUUAUAAAUGGAUGCAACCAGCGGGGAUUCAAAAUAACACUUGAAGGAAGUGCUAUGACCCAAAAAGAAAAGGGUAUGAAACUUUCACCCACUGCGUGAGGGACAUUGAGAAGUUUGGAAGGUACCCGGGGAGAGGGAGCUGCCUCUCGGCUUACAGCUCGCAGGAAAAGCCGAGGUCACAAGAAGAGGCCUCGUAGUCUGAUUCGUUUUGAUGUGGGAAUAUUUAAAUACAGCCAGUUACCUCAAUAGGAUAUUUUACCUGAACUGAGCUGGAAUGAAGGGCUGGGUCUCCUGAUGUGUGUCAGGUGCUGUGAGUGGCAUUGCGGCACCCCACCACAGGAGUGGACUGUCUCUGCCAUCCGGAUUUCGUGAUUCCCUCUUCCCUCCCCCCUCCUCUCCUUUCCCCCUGUCCCUCCAUCCCUAUUCCCCCUCCCUUCCCCCUUUCCCCCCUCCCUUGCGGCGCUGUGCUUGACGUCAUGAGCAUAGCAAUCGCACUGGGAGUCACCACACCUGAGACACCUUACACAGACAUGGCCGCCGGAUCAGAUCCUGAGUCAGUGGAAGCGAGCCCUGCAGUGAAUGAGAAGACGUACUCAAACCACAGCUGUGGGAGCGCACAGAAUCACGGAUACCGGGGCCUUCCCUAUGCUAUGCAACAGUCUUCCAUUGUGUGUUGUCAGGAUCAUAACUAUGGAGCGCCACCCCCUCCUACCCCUCCUGCCUCCCCACUCUCCCAGACCAUCAUUCCCCGCCUGGAGCUCAAUGGCGCCCUCGGCCGUCCCCGAUCCCGUUUCCAUACCAAUGACCCUGACAACUCGGCCGACAGCGACAGCUCGUCAGAGGAGGAGGGCGCCGUGCCAUCAGGCUGGUGCCAGUGCCGCCUGACUUCAGACCGCUACCUCAUAAAAUGCGAGAGCUGCAGGGGUCUGGACAGGAGGAAAGGACUGGAUGGGCAGCGUCGGAAACCAGACAACGUGUCGGUAGGAGAGAGCAGUGCUACAGAAAGUGGAGAUGAAGAGGUCUCAGCUGCCACAGUGUCAUACACAGCCACUCAGCAUACACCCACCAGCAUCACCCUCACCGUUAACAGAGUCAAGCGCAGCAAAGCCAAGAAGCGGAAGAAGAGCACGGAGAAAACACGAGCCGCCCCUAAAGCUAAGAAAGUCAAGGCCUUUAGAGAAGGUUCCAGAAAAUCCUUAAGGAUGAAGAACUCCAUCAGUGAAGCGAGUGUGUUGGAUGAGAACACGACUGAAGGCUGGGAGACACGUAUCCGCCAGUGGACAGAUCAGUAUGAGGAGGCUCAGGCCAACCAGUACAGCGCUGAUGUUCAAACACUUCUCCAGCUCCAUCACUCUGCCACCAAGAGCUCUCCAAACCCAGCAGCCCUUGCUAUGGACACCAUCAACCGCACAGAGCUGGCCUGCAACAACACUGUGUUGAGCUCUCAGAUGCAGUUACAGCUGGGCCGUGUAACACGAGUGCAGAAACACAGGAAAAUCCUGCGAGCAGCACGGGACUUGGAGCCUGACACACUCAUCAUAGAGUACAGAGGCAAAGUCAUGCUUAAACAACAGUUUGAGGUCAAUGGCCACUUCUUCAAAAAGCCCUACCCAUUUGUCCUGUUCUACUCUAAAUUUAACGAGGUGGAAAUGUGUGUAGACGCACGGACCUUUGGCAACGAUGCUCGCUUCAUCAGGAGGUCUUGUACCCCCAAUGCUGAGGUGCGGCAUAUGAUCGCAGAGGGAAUGAUUCACCUGUGUAUUUACGCUGUUACUCAAAUCUCCAAAGAUACCGAGGUCACAAUUGGCUUUGAUUAUGAAUUUAACAGCUGUAACUACAAGGUGGACUGCGCGUGUCAUAAAGGCAAUCAGAACUGUCCUGUGCAGAAGCAUAACCAGAACCCAUCUGAGGCGCUUCUGCCCCCACCGCAGAACCCGCUACCUGCUCUACCUGGGGCAGAGACUCGCAGAAGGCGAGCACGGCGAAAAGAGUUAGAGGGAAGUGGGAUGAUUGGGAGCGUGUCUGACGAUAGCAAUCAGCUCUUGGAUGAACAUGGGGAGCACGGAACCAGUGAAGCAGAGGAGGGUCUGAUGGAUGGUGUAAAGCAGGAGGAGGGCCAAGAGGAGGUAGAUGAAACGGGAGCACCUAUACCUAAUAGACGGUCUCGCGAGGACCGGAAAGCCGAGGCCAUCAUGCAUGUGUUUGAGAAUUUGGAAAGGAGGAGGAAGCGUGUUUCUCAGGGUACCGAACGUGCUGGAGUUGAUGACCUCAGACAGGAAGGGGUGGGGCCUGAGGAAGGUGGGGCCUCCUCUCCCACAGGGGCUAACCCAGGUCAAAAUGCAGGGUUGAUUGGAGGAGUUAGCACACGCCGCACAUCUUUUGCAACAGAGCCAGUGGCAUCAGUUGAGUCAGAAAAACCUUCCUCUGUGAACCUCGUUGCUCCCAAACCUCCCCCAGCACGCCCCAAACCGCGGCCCAAGAGUCGCAUCUCCCGCAAUCGGGCAAGCUCUGCCCAGAGGGCACGUCGCCAGAGGCAGGCUCUUCUAGCACAGCAGGCAGCCGAGGCAGGUGUGGCAGGUGGGGAAGAGGGAGGAAAUGUGGCUGGCACAGGCGAGCUGGGGCUCGGGGACGGAGCUCUGGGAAUUGGCCAACCUCAGGAUGGAGAUAGCUAUGGAGUCUCAUCUACAGCACUAGGCAGCAAGACAGGCGUGAGAUGUCCCAAAACAAAAAAGUACCUGGUGACGGAGUGGUUGAAUGACAAGGCCACAGACCGCAUAGAGGAGCCAAUAGAGCGGCCCCUGCGCAUCACCACAGACCCCACUGUGCUGGCUACUACACUCAACAUGCUUCCGGGACUCUCACACUCACCCCUCAUCUGUACCACCCCAAAACACUACAUCCGCUUUGGCUCUCCGUUCAACCCAGAGAGACGUCGCCGGCCCCUUGUCGUCGAUCCGACUUACGGCUCCUGCAAGAAAAGGUGGAUAAAGCAGGCGCAGGAUGAGAGCAUGUCUUCUCUUUCCAUGGAGGAUGGAACUGAGUCCAGCUCCUCACACCAAAGUAACAGCAGCAGCACGGCCUCCAGAUCUGAGUUAAUGGCGCCCUUCAAAAAGAGGAAGUCGAAGUAUGCGCCAGAAGCGGUUGCAACACCUUCUGAACUUUUGCUUCGACCUUUGUCCCCCAUCACACCACCACUGCCAUCUGAGCCCUCUGUGAGCUUGCUACACCCUCUCCUCUCUUCCUGCUCGCUGUAUUUAGGAGCCGAGGACGAGCGGCAGAACGGUGCUGUGCCACCAUACUCCCCACUCCCAUCUCUUCCUGCUAGCCGGUGCAACACACCUCUGCAGUUUGAGAACAUCUCAUCUCCUGAGGCAUCUCCUGUACACAGGCCAGAGUCUCUUUCUCCAGAGCCUUGUUUGCGACCAGACUUUGAUACACCGCGGAUCACCCCCUUCCCCGAACUUUCUGUGACAUCUGGUCUUGGCAGUCCAGCUCCUCCAUCUGACGACUUUCCCCUGACUGCACCAGAGUCUCUGACUGGCUCUGGAGAUGGUGUGUGUCUCACACCAGCCCCUGUAUCUAACGCCAGUGACGCUUCAUUGGGCUCGCGCUCAAACGAGGCACAGGUUCGAGAGCAGGUCUUUAGGACAGAGUUCAACCUCAUCUACACCUGCUCUCCCCUCAAUGCCAACCUGACCACUGGUCCUGUGACUGACAGAAGGCAUUCCCAAUCAGAAGGCAGCUUCUCUCCUGCUGAAUCCUACUUCAGCUCUGUGAGUGGCCAAGGCUUAAUGACUGAGCCGGGGUCUGGUUCUUUUUCGCCCUACCCUGAGCCUCAGUUUGGGAGUGGCACGCCUCCUCAUACCAGCAACCCACCACAGAAGAAGAAGGUAUCUUUGCUGGAAUAUCGGAAAAGAAAGCAGGGAACUCGGGACCCAGAGCCAGUAGGCUCUGCAGGUGGCACCAUUGGGACCCCUGGGGCCCCUGUGUGCACUGGCUCUCUGUACCAAACUGCUGAAUCCCCUGGUGGGCCACGCUCACUGCUGCAGCCACCUGCCUCCCCACACAGCUCCUUCUCCUCUCCAGCCCAUCAGCCAUUCCCACAGAUAGAGGAGGUCAGUCCGCCUGAUCUCAGCACCUCCUUGGGGAAUCACUCCCAGACAUCCAGCCACUGGAUGGUGCCUACAUCAGUGGAGAGGUUAAGGGAAGGGCAGGGAGUUUUAGAGCGUGUUCUGAGGGGCAAUAUGAAGAUGGAUCGGAUCCUUAAAAGGUCGGAUGGUGGAGCUAGCGAACAUGACAGUAACCGAGACAAAGAUCUAGAUGGAGUGGAAGAGGAUAGAUAUGCUCCCAAGAGCUCAUCUUUGUCUUCCCCCAUAAGGAGUCCUCAGCAGUACAGCCCAACUGUUCACCCACACCAGGUUCAGCCUCAUUUGGCAGAACCCGAUCUACACCCGGAAAGCUCCACCUACCACCAGCAGAGUAGCUCCUCUCCUUUUCAUCCCCCCUUCAGCUCCUCUCCUUCACCCUCCUCUUCAUCAGUGGUUCAGGGCUACCAUCCUUCUCGACUGGGGACACCUGCCCCUCUAGCCCAGGACGUACUCUCCUCCUCAGCCCCUUCUUCAGUAGAGUCCAGGCAAACAGGGAGCAUGCUACACCAUCAUAGUGGAGCAGGAGGGAUGGACCUGUCGCACCUCUACUCAGGCAGCCAUCUUAAAGCCAGCCUGUUAAAGAGCAGCACUCUUUCAGGGUCUAUGAGUGUGUCCCCCAGAGGCCAGGGCCACUCGGACAGCUGCACUGCCAUUAGCAGCCAGGCCUCUCACGCGUCCAGACUAGCCCAGUCACCCACAGUGCGAAACCUAAAAGCAGGCAGCCCCGGUCCCUCAGUGCUGCAGGCCAGCUCCAGGCUUCUCUCAGCCAGCGGAACACAGCACUACCCACAGCGGCAUUUACAGCAGCCCCCUAUGCAGGGUUCAGGUGUACGGACACAUUCUGGGACCUACUAGAACUCUUUGUGUGUUUGUGUUUGAGAGCAUGUUUGAGUGUGAGAAUGAGUGUGUGUGUGUGUGUGCUUGUUUGUCACCCUCCUCAGCUAAACCUGUGGAUAAGUUCUGGGUUAGGGGAGGGUACUUGAUGUACAGACAUCAGAGGAGUAUGGACUCAGCCUCUUGUAAUGAUCGCCUCUUACUUUCUUUAUCUUUAUUGUUUUCCUAUUUUUUUCCCCUUCUUUCACCAAAAAAUCCUGCAUUUCUGCAUUCUAUAAGUAGUCUGGCGUGGAGUUCAUUAUAAUCUUGCAGUCUGUGAAAAUACAACUAUAACCAGGUUGGCAAAGAAAAACAAGCAAGUAAUUUUAAAUUUACCCACAUGCUUUGAAAAUAGGUUCACACUUAAUUUAUGUAGGUGAAGAAUUGAAUCAGGCACCUAUGCUGAAAUAUGUCCGUGCUGAUACUCUGCAACCGGGUUGGAAUUGUUGUAUCAGUGAGAGCUUUGGUGCUUUUCAGUUCGCUCACUCAUUAAAUUCAGGUCAGUCUGCUAGAUCAUUUACUGACAGUUGAAUUUUCUUCAAGCAAAUUGUUAGAUUCAUUCACAUGGCAAUGUAGGUAAAUAUUCACUUAGUCUCUCUUCCUCUUAAUCAUUCCAUUCAGUCUGUCAACUGUCACUAGGUUUCUAGGAUCAUCAUUUGGCAUCCAUUUUUUGUAUAGACUCAUUCUGUAAUACUUGACAAACACAGAUCUUAUGGUGCUGCAGUUAGCUCAAUCUUUGUUUGAACUGAAGUUAGGGUUGUCUGAAACCCAGUAUCAUCAUGUCCAUUAACAGUCUGUUCUGAUGUAUAGCUGUCAUAUGGGACUGAUUUUAUUUUCUUUCGUUUCUUUUGUUUCUUUUUUAAACUUGGUUCUAGUUAAUGUUGCUUUGGUGACUAGAAAUGCACAGGACUAUUUUGAAAAGUAAGCUGCAGAAAUAUUGUUUUUACUCCGUUAUAGGAUUUAUUCCCCUCACCGUUGUUGAAUCCUGCAGGAUUUUUUUAUUUUCAUAUUAUUGAGAAUUUAUUUUUCUCUCCCUUUGACCAAUCCUUGCAUUCCAUACACCACUCAAGGAAGGAGAAGGGGAGGUGUGGCUGGAUGGUUUGAUUAGGACAAAAAUAAAAGACAAAUAUUAAAACAAAAAAAAAAGUGGAAAAGAUAGCUGCUGGGGGUCACAUACUAAGUAUUUUUCAUGCAAAGUGCUGCUUUCAGACAUGUCUGGGUUUCUUUUUUUUUUCUUUUUUUUUUUUACGGAAUGCUGUACUUUUGUCAGUCUGAUAUUCGUCACAGACGGUGAAGUCACCUAGUUGUGCCAUGAUGACAGAGUGGAACUGAAUAUCAAAUCAAAUGCAAUGGAUACCACUGUUGUAUCUUGGGAACUGUAGUUUUUGCCUUGGUUGUCUGUUGGGUGGACUCAAGAUGGACUUACUCUACAGUGACCCAGAAAUCAACUGAAACAAGUUUUUGUUUUUUUUUGUUUUUUUUGUUUUUGUUUGUUUGUUUCCCUCCCUCAGUCAAAGGACCUUGCAGGCGAUGGGGAAAUGAACAGGUUCAUUUGAUCAGCCUUUGAGAUACAUUUUGACCUUUGGCAUUUUCUGCCAGAGAUCCUCUUCCCCAUUUAGGAAAAGACUCAAGGGUACUCACUGAUUAACAUGAAUGUUUGUCUUUUCACAGAAGACUUCAAAAGAAAAAGAUUUUAUGACCAGAAAUUUACCAGCACCUUAAUUACAAAGGAAAAAAAAAAUUUUAACAAGCAAGAAAACAUUUAUGUAUGAUCAUGUGUACUUGCAUAAAAUGUGUUAUAUACUGUUCCAAGAAAAUAUAGUACACUAAAUUUGCUGCAUGAUAUUUUUUUCUUUUGGAUUAACAGCUGAAAGUGUGGAUGUUCCAUCAAAAACUGGACAUGUUUCAAAAGUUUUAUUUUUUACACAAAUCAAAGUUUGGACCCCUCCCACUCCUUUAAAAGACAAUAAGCAGAAGAUAUGUAAUGUCUUUUGAUAAUAAAAUAGUCAUGACAAUGUAUUUUGGAAAUGGCUGUAGUAUUAAAAUGACAUAUAAUAUGA